AUGAUUGAGUCACUCACCGUGUUGACGUUCAACGUCCGAUCGAUGAAGAACGCAGUCAACCAAGUCAAAAUCAUCCGUUAUCUCAAAACCCUUCGGCCGGCCCCUGCGGCCAUCCUCCUGCAAGAGCACCACCUCAGCUACAACGCGUCACGCGAAGGCUUCGAGAGUGCUUGGCCGGGGGCUUGUAUUCGUUUCACUCCUCAUGUCCUUACCCUCAUACCCGAUGGCUCACCUUUGGCGGGCCAUCUCCUUUCCUCUACCCCGGUCGUCUUUGCAGGAGCUCCUCGUUUCGACGGUCGGAUUCUGCGCUCGGUGUUUCGUCUUGAGGAGCUCGAUGUCGAGAUCAUCAACAUGUACGCGCCGGUGCAGGAGGACGAUCGUCGCGACUUUUUCGGGCUUCUGCACUUCAACGCCCCGAGACCCAAGAUUCUUCGGAUCUUGGCCGGCGAUCUCAACGAUUGUCCGGAUGUAUCGGUCGACCGAGUGUCCAUCACCGAUCGCGCUUGGACUCCUGUAUCGCACUGGCAGACCUUGCUGUCAAAGAUCGCGUUCAAGGCACUCGACACGGUCCGACAUGUCCAUCCUUGCACCCCUGCAUUCACUCGUCCUCACUACCGUGGUAGAGGGGAAGAGCGAAAGAUUUGCUCGUGGUCGCGGAUCGACUAUAUUCUUGUCCAAUGCAGUUGGGCGAACCGGUUGUUGAGCGCUUCUACGCUCUUCGAUGCGCCCUGUUCGGACCACAGACCUGUAGUUGCGACUUUCGCUUUGCCUACAUCGAACGCUGAUGCCGAACCCCCCCUUUCUCUUCCCUCCACGAGCGAUUUCAUUUCGAGGCUCAACCCAAUGGUCUUUGACGAUCAAGACUUUGUCGCAUCGAUUCCCGGGGUCGUCGACGAGGUCUAUCAAAGGCUCGAGGGGACCGCUCCGCUCGGCGACGUCUAUGACGCCGCUCUGCGGGCGGUUGCAGUCGCUGGCCAUGCACGAUACCGCUCGACUCGUGCCGACAUGCGCCGACUGCGGGCCGAGAGCCAAUCCGUCAUGGAGGCUUUGGAGGCACGCGGUGAGCACAUGAAUGAGGCCGAGCGCGAUGCGUAUGCUCUUGCCAAGUCGCGGUUGGACCAGUUGGCGGUAAAGGAGGCUCAGUGGCUGCGCAUUCGUGCGCAUGUGCCGUCAGUCGACUCGAGGGAAGGUCAAUCGGCAAGCAUUCGCACGCGCCUCAACCGCCGGAGUCGCCAGACGAGCAUCGUCUCGCUGGAGGAUGUGGAUGGCACCGAGACCGUUGACAUGCAGGAGGCGCUGGGUAUUGCUUCACGGCACGCGCAGUCGCUCUUCACGCCGGACCCAGCUCGUGGCGACCCGACGAACGCACGCCGGUCCCUGCUCGACCCUAUUCGCGCAGCGAAAUGCUACGAUGACGACCGCUCGGACCCUACGUUCGGUCGUCGGCUGCCUCGUCAAGCGAGAGUGGCGCUUGACGAGCCCUUCACCCUCCUCGAGGUUGAAGCGGCGUUGAAGAAGACGGAUUCGGGGCGAUCACCGGGGCCCUCGGGCAUUCCGUACGAGCUCUUCAAGGCGCUGCCAACCUACUUUGCUCCCAAGCUGUUGGACUUGUUCAACUCGAUUUGGGAGGGCGGCAAAAUGACGGCGUCCUUGGCAGAGGGGCUGGUGCGGCUCUUGCCCAAGAAUAAACCGGGGGCCAAUCUGAAAUCACUGGGGGCAUACCGACCGAUCACAUUGCGCGAGACGACCUACAAGGUCCUCAGCAAGGUCUUGGUGGCGCGACUCAAUGGGGUGCUCGGCGAGCUUUUGCCGCCGGCGCAACACGGUUUCAUGCCAUCAAGACGUUCAGCGGACGCGGGAAGUCAUCUCACUCUCCUUCUCGAAAAACUCAAGUCGCUAGGCACUGAUGUUUUCCCCGAGGGCGCCCUCUUGUCUUUGGAUCAGCAGAGCGCGUACGAUCGGGUCGAUCACGCCUGGAUCUUCGAGGUCUUUGAGGCCUUUGGGUUCGGUGAGCGUUUCAUCUCGCUGCUGCGCGCUCUCUACGAUCCCGAGACUCUGGGGGUGCGCUACCUUGUCAAUGGGUUCCCCACGGACUUGGUGCGGUUGCUGUGUGGUCUCGGUCAAGGGGAUCCCCUCUCGUGCCCGGUUUGGAACAUCACGUUCCAGCCCUUCCUCGACGCCCUCGUUCGGCGCGGGAUCGCGCUCGACCUGCAGAAGGUGUGGCCAGGGGGGCCGCGUGCGCAGCUUACGCAUCUGGCGUUUGCCGACGAUGCUGUGGUGGUGGUGGAGUCACCGGCGGCAUUGUCGAAGCUGCAAACGCUGUCGCAGACGUGGUACGAGGCUACCAACGGGAAGACCAACACGGACAAGACGCUGGUGCUACCACUCGGACCGAACUGGCUUCGGGACGAGACUGCGCAGGCGCUGCCAACGGUGCAGGAGGGGGAGAGCUUCAAGUGGUGCGGUUAUGCCUUCUUUCGCCACGGUGACUCGAAACUGUUUUGGACCCAUGUUCUUGACAGGAUCAAGGCCAAGACCCGCGCCGCUCGAGACCGGACACUUUCGCCGAGUGGGAAGGUUUUCUAUGCCAACGCUCACAUCAUCUCGACGGUCCUCCACGUGCUGUCCUUCGACAUACCGCCUCAAUGGUUCAUUAAGGCGGCGGAGACGGCACUUACGGACUUUGUCUGGGGAGGAGCAGGGCGAAAUACCGUCGCUCGCGAUUUCGUGUUCCAGGCUCGGGAGGACGGUGGCUUGGGUUUGAUUUCGAUUGGCGACAUCGUUCAUUCGGUGGCGCUUCGAUUUUGGGAUGCUGUGGCGGGCUCGGACGAGGCGAUCUGGGCGCCCCUAGCUCGCGAGAGCUGGAGGUGCCUCGUCGCUGCGACCCGCGAUUUCAGUCCGUGGGGGUUCUUCAGCAGCACGGCUCGGGUCGAGAAGCUGUAUCGCGACUCGACGCGCUGGGGGGCAGUCGUUGCAGCGGCCAGGGUCACAGUUCCAACCAUCAAGUCCGAACUCCUUACGCUUCCCGAAUUGCUCUCGCUUCCGCCUCGCCUCCCUUCACUCUAUGCUGAAGGUGCCCAGCACGCAUAUGACGAUGCGGACGCGGUGGCGAAGUUUGCGCAGAUCGCGGACCUGUACUGGAGGGACGAAGGGAAGGGAUGGGCUCUGGUUGGUCAUCGACGCGGGUUCUGGCAGCACUCUAAGGAACCCGCCCUACAGCACGAGCACGUGUGGUCGCGCGUGGGUCAGUUGCUCAAGGCGAAAGCGUUGCUGCCCAAGACCGCGUUGCGACCUGCUCGGAUACCUCUCAAGGAGGCUCCCCGUCCUCGGUGCUUCAACUUCUUUGGGUUCUCCCGACCUUUUACGAUUCGCAAGCUUCGUCGGCUUGUGAACAAGGUGCGGUUCCCAGGGAGGGAGGACCGUGUCAAGCGUUUCCCUGAUGGGACUUCUCAGAGCGAUAGGAAGCGCUUCUGGAGAUGGCUUCAUGACCGGUUCGCGUCUGCUGUCGAGCAGGACACCCACUGGCGGCUCAUGUACGACGUGACGCCGACGCGCAAGAGGCAGCAUACUCAGGGUCAUGCCUCUUCGCCGACGUGUCUGUUCUGCGGCAACGAUGCAGCGGUCAUCGAGACGGUGUCCCACUACUUUUUCGAGUGCGCGUACUCGACCAGCUUCUGGGGUGGGGUGCUACGCAUUCUGCUUGACAAGCUCGGCAUCGAGGAUACCGACGUCGAUCCGUUGACGUUCACUCCGGAGCAGCUGACUAUGGGGCUCCCCCUUUUGCGGGGUCGUGGGAGAACGACCUCGAAAUGGAUGUGGGUUCGGCUGGCCUGCGCGAUCGGCUUCCAGCGGCUGCACCUGCUCCGCUGGCGCGUUCAUCAGCGGUUCGAGCUGGACAACGUCGUGGCCCCUCCCUCGCUUCCCAGUACGCUCAGAGCGUUCGAGCGAGAUUUUCUCUCUCGAGCGGGUUUUGUGCCUGGGGUUCGAGAUUGGGAGGUGUGAUGACCGAGUUAAGUCCUUCCUUCCCAUUUUCCUCCCCUCCUUUCCUCCCUUCCUUUUCGGUCAGAAGCUGACUGUCUUGAAACUUGUUGCGCAGUGGAAGGCUGCGCACCUCUCCCUCUCUCUACUUUGUGCAGUAGCGGUUUUCGUUCUUGGAUGGAUCGGCAAGCCGGGUCGAUCGUCGUUGCGUUGGAGGCUUUGUGAAGUUCUCCCCUCUCUUUCCCCUUUCUCCCUUCCCUUCCUCUUCUCGUUCCUGUUGCUCGGUUGUUGACUACGCUUCAGCCACUUCUCCUUUUAUUCCUAAGUCGUGUGUUGGAUUCCGUCGAAUGGAUCGUUCGUUCGCGUUGGUCAAGAUCUACGGCAUGGAUCGGGAAGAAAGGUCGCUCGUUUUUUUGGUCAAUAUCCUCGCGUCAAGGCGAGGCUCGUUUCGUUGUAUUGGAUCGUUUUCGCUCGGCCCCGACGGCUCAACAGCCAGCACUCGAGACUCAGCCAAGGGAGGACAUCAGGCGCUGUCGGGGUGACGAGUAGCUGGGGCUUGGCUGCGGCCUGUCAGUCCCUGGGGACCUCUAGCUCUGGCUUCGACCCCCUCCCUUGGCCCCUCGGGUGUGUUCCCCUCCUCCUCCCCUCCUCUCUGUCUUAGUAUUCCUGGUUCUCCGUGUUUCCAGUCGUGAAUUUUUGUAUAUUCUCCCCUUUUCUUUCUCUAGGCGCUCUUGCCUGGUUUUCGAGUAUCUUCGCUCCCGCUCUUGGGACGUGAAGCGGCAGCAGUACUCACCGCCCGUUGGAGUCCGCGUUAGGUGCUCGGCGGGUUUUGAUCUGCGCAGCGCUCUUUGCGCGCAGGGGUUUGACUUUCACCCAAUUGCUUGCCGUCGUUGCUUUAUAACCUCUUUUAGCUCUUUUUCUAGCGGUCCCAGCCAACCCGAAGGAUUGCAAUUUAUGAGCCCCAGUAAAAAAAAAAAAAAAAAACUCUCCCAAGCAGGGCCAGGGACUCGUGCGCCUCAUCUUCAAGCGCCACAAGAAGAAUGCCGAUCGCGCCGAACUCUCGUCGUAUCGCCCCAUCACCCUGCGCGAGUGCGAUUACAAGAUUUUUACCAAGGUCUACGUCGCCCGAUUGAACCAAAUUCUGCCCGAUCUCCUCCCGCCGCAGCAGCACGGCUUCGUCAAGGACCGCCGAUCGGCCGACGCUGCACUACACCUUCGUCUCCUGAUCGAGGAACUUGGCGCGCGCAGGACCGAGUUCCCCGCGGCCGCGCUCUUGUCUCUUGACCAAUCAUCCGCCUACGACCUCGUCGAGCAUGACUGGAUCUUUGCCAUUUUCGACGCUCUGGGCGCUCCUACCACCUUUCUUCGCGUGCUGAGGAUGCUCUACUCGGGUGACUCGACCUCGGCGCGCUACAUCAUCAAUGGGUUCCUGACGGCGCCGGUGCGACUGACGUGUGGGCUCGGCCAAGGGGACCCGGCGUCAUCGUCGGUCUGGGACAUCGUGUUUCAGCCGUUCCUGGAUGCUCUACACCGUCGAAACAUCGCGCUGAAUCUCUCCAUACCUGCACUUCAUCCGUACCCACAGAGCCGCGCCAUUACAUCACUUGCAUUUGCCGAUGACGUUGUCGUCGCCGUCGCGGGCUUGGAGUCACUCAACUUGCUCGAUGACCUGGCGCUCAACUGGAGGCAUGCAACGAAUGGCCGGCUCAACACGGACAAGACGGUCGUCCUACCGAUUGGACGUCGCUGGGACCCUGGGGAACGGCCAAUCGUCGUCAAGGCCGCAGGCGAGUCGCUCGAGUGGAUCGGCCUCCCCUUCGACCCCAGCGGCGACACCGAACUCGCCUACGCGAAUCUCAUCGAACGGCUCGAGGCGACGCUGGAAGCGGUUCAGCAUCGCUGGCUCACGCACCACACCCGUGCCUUUUACGUCAAUCGGUACGCCAUUCCCAAGAUCCUGCAUUUCCUUGCAGCCGACAUCCCGCCGCCCGAAGUCGUCAAGAAGCUCGAUGACAUGCUCGUCGAUUUCGUCCGUGGGGGCAAGGGCAGGACCAGCUACGGCAGAGACAUUGUGUUCACCGCCAAGAACAAGGGGGGACUCGGGGUGAUAAGGAUGCGGGACGUUGUGGACGCGGUUGCGGCACGGCUCUGGGACGUUCUUCUCGGCGGUUCCGGCGCGAUUUGGCAAGGACUUGCGCGCGCAGCACUCCAGCGAGCUCAGCCCGACCUCGACCUGGCCACCGAUCUCUGGCCACAUCCAUCCACUCCCAUCCCCAACGACCUUCAUCCCCGAUGGCACGCCGCACUGGGCGUUCCGAAACUUCACGACGUGCAGGUCAACCCGAGGGCCUUGACCACCGCGAACCUGCUCGCGCUGCCCACCCUGCUCGGCAGCCUCCACACCCCCAUCAGAGGGAGACAGACCAUCGACGCGGUUCAUGUACCUGACUACCUUCGUCUCCAGGGCUACCCGAAGGUGGCGGAUCUCUAUCGGCGCGAGUUGUAUGCGGGUGGGGGGUUUCACCUCUGGACGCCGCCGGCGGAUGUGCUCGGCGACAACAGCGAGUACGAUCGACGCGGGCUCCCGCAGCGACUGGCAAUCGCGGCCUGGUACCGGUUCACUGUCGAUCGACACAAGAACACCCCCUUGGCGGCGGCGGUGGCGGCGGGACGACUCAACGUGCCUCCCCGGAUCGGCACCAGCGCACCACUCGAGGCGAUCAUCCCCAAGCCCGUGGCCCGCUUCGCAAUGGAGCAGCGCCUUCCGGACCCGGUGCUUCCACAACAGGCGAGCCAGUAUACGCUGCUGAACAUGGCUCGCCCCUACACAGUCCGUCGCAUCCGCCGGGUCCUGAACGCGAAGGCAUUUACCAACAUGCUCGGGCUCAAGGGACCACCGCAGCCGGACGACCUCAGGAGCUUCUGGAAGGCAGUCAACUCGAAGGCACUGACGGCGAGGGAGAGGGAAGUUUGGUUCAAGCUGAUCCUCCGCUUCACCCCGACGCGCAAACUCCAGCACGAGCAAAAGCACGACACUUCUCCCGCGUGCCUCGUGUGCGAAGCGCCGGUGGACGACACCGAUCACUACUUCUUCGGCUGCGUCGACUCGCGGAACAUCUGGACCGCGGCAAGGGGCGUGCUCUGCGACGCGCUCGGAUGCGACACGAUCGAGGACGCCGAGUACACGACACUACAACGACUCUUUGGCCUCCCCAAGCUCAAGGCCAAGCUCAGCGAACAGGAAGGCGCAGGCAGGACGAUCGAGAUCUUCACGGGGAUGGUCUUGGAGAUGAUCAGCAGUGGGAGAUGGAGGAUGCAGAAGCACGGGACGAGGAUGGAAAGCCUGGAGCGGAGGAGGGUGGUACUGGAGGAGAGGAUGAAGUUGAGGGCGGGGGGAGCAAGGGGCGGGCGAGGGCAGUAG